AUGGAAGAUUUUCUCUUUGAGCCCGCCCGUCUUGAACAUCGCAUCGCUAUCCCUAGGAAAAAUGACUAUGAGCCCAUUGCUCACGGUGCAACGCUGUGCUCUGAGGAAUUCAGUGAUGAGCGCGCUUCGAUAUCCGAAGCCGUCAAGGUUGCUUCUACAUCAGAUGUGAGCAUCAUAUUUGCCGGUCGAAAUCAAAUAUACGAAUCUGAAAGAGCUGUCACAGCAGUUUCCAAGAAGACAGUUUUAGUCCUCAACUGCGGCAAUCCGAUCGACGUAUCGCCAUUUGUGAAUGAAGUCGACGCGAUUCUCAACGCUCACUUCCCCGGCCAGGAGGGCGGACAGGCAAUCGCUAAUAUACUGACUGGAAAAACCAAUCCGAGCGGCCGCCUGGCGACCACCUGGCCUAAGAAGUUCGAUGAAGAGCACAUCCCCACUUACCACAACUUCCCAGCGCAACUUACGGAGCGUGGGUAUGAGAUCAAGUAUAAAGAAGGCCUUCAACUAGGAUACAGACAUCCUCAAUCCCGGCGCACUGCGCAUUGGCAAUUCAGCCACGGGUUGUCUUACAAUACCUUCGAAUACUCGGGACUCACCGUCAGUGGCCAGGACAUAACUAAGGAGGCACGCGACUCUGACCUGACUAUCUCGGUCAGGGUCAAGAACACUGGUAUCUACCCCAGCCAUGAGGUUGUCCAGUUCUGUAUAUCUCCUCCAGACAGUAUAAAGCUGUGGCGUCCUGCUUGUGAGCUCAAGGGGUACGCAAAAAGUAUGGAUACUUCCUGGGGAGUCAGAAACAGUGAUAAGCUCCCUGAGUAA